UGCAAAACGGAGUAGACGUCAGCACUUCUGGCGACAUUGACAUGCACGGGGACUCGUUGACCGCGGAAGCGCCUGCCGCAGCGAGCGAAGGCGACGACGACCAAGAGGAGGGCCUGGACGACCUCUUCGGCGACGAUGAUGAGGUUGAGCCCGUAGCUCAUGAGAAGGAUGAAGAUACGCAGUCGGUGGCGACAUCGGAGAGGCUACCUUCACCCGAGCGCGAGCACCGAAAAGCGAUGGAGUACGCGGAGGAGGACGUGGUUGAUCAGGGUGGCCAAUUGGAGGCAGACGUGCAGAUACCCAACGUCCCUGCGCCACGAAGUUCGGACGGUCAGCAAUGGGUGCUGCGUAUACCUAGCUACGUACGAAUCGAUUCCAAACCUUUCCACCCCGACACAUACUAUGGCCCUGAAGAUGAAGACUCGGAACAAGCCAGUCUGAUGCGGGAGAAAAGCAUGUCCAUACGACUGGCGGUCGAAAACACGGUCAGGUGGAGGUGGACGAAGGACAAGAACGGGGUCGACCGUCGACAAUCGAAUGCUCGCGUUAUCCGCUGGUCGGACGGUACAUUAAGUCUGAAACUCGGCAGGGAGCUUUUCGACAUCAACCAAACGUUGGACACGUCCGGCGCCGUUGCGCGCCAAGGCCUAGGCGCCUCACAAUCCCAGCAAGGCUUGUCGCAGUCGCAGUCGCAGUCCCAAUCCCAGAUUGCCGGCGCGAAUGGUGUCUAUACCGGCCUCACCUAUCUUGUCGCGCAGCACAAGCGCGCGGAGAUCUUGCAAGCGGAGGCCGUCAUCACCGGCACGAUGUCGCUCCAGCCGACCGACAUGUUGUCCGAGACGCACCGCAUGCUCGUCAAGGCCGUCGGCCAGAAGCACGUGAAGACUGCCAGAUUGAGGAUGGCGCCGGACCCGACGAGGGACCCGGAGCUCGAGCUGAUGGAGGAGAUGAAGAGAGAUAAGAAGACGAGGGUGAGGGGACCGAAGGACGAGGGCGAUGAGUUUGGGGAGAAGAGGAGGAGACGGUCCGGAGGGGGCGGGAGGAGCCGUGCGCGCCGAGCGGAAGACGUGUGGUCAGACGAAGACGAAGACGAUGGUGUGUACGGAGGGUUUGACGACGAGGAUAUGGGCGGAGGCAGUUCGCAGAAGAGAUCUCGGGCAAAGGAGGAGAAGAAACGAGGGGGAGACUACGAGACGGACGAUUUCCUUGUGGCCGACUCGGAUGAAGAUGCCGACGCUGGCGGCGACUCGGACGAAGAAGUUAGCUCACGCCCGAAGAAGAAGAGUAAGAGGCGGGAGGAGGAGCACAGCGAAGAAGAUCCGCUGGACAAGCUCGACGCCGCGAUCGAAGCAGAAGAGGAGAAGAAGAGGAAAAGCGGAAAGAGCGGAGAUGAAGAUGAGGACAGCGAGGACGAUCACGAGAAGGAUGUGCACAAAGAUGAGGACGAUGCGGACAAGAUGGAUAUGGAUGUGGAGAGCGAGGAGGAUGAAGAUGAAGGAAGAGUGCGAAAGGCAGGGACAGCGUCAGGCACGAGGAAGAAGAGAGUUGUUGGAUAUGAUGAGGAGGAGGAUGAAUAAUUGUAGUGUUCUUUCCUGCUAUAGCGGGCUGCUAUCUACUGUGCUCUUUUACCAUGAUGUCCAG